GAUUCGUGUACUGCAGUACAGGCGACCUGGGCGCUAGUCGAUCGGCUGGUUGACCACGCUUACACACAGCACCGGUUUGACUUCCGAGCAGGCUGCCCUACCCUCAUCCAGCCAGUAGAAAUCUACCCAUCGCGGCAGCGGAGGUACUGCUACUUUUAUUCAAUACUCUUACUUCAACGGGCGAGCUGACGACUAUCGAAUAAGCAUCGGAGCAGCCGAGGGCGAAGGCACAAUCGCCAAAUGAACAGCAAUACUUAUACGAACCGAAAAUAUCUCCAAGUAUUUCUUGCAUCUGUUCGCGACGUUGAAAAUCGUAGUCAUCAGCGAGUCCAUUCUAAUCAUUAUUUGAAGUGCCAGACUUUCUUCCAACCAUCCGAUCGUCGGAGGUGACGUUGCGACUGGUGGUAGGGCUCGGGGCUGCAGUUAGGGCAGAUCCUCGGUGUGACUGGGCCAGUUUUGUCUGGCAGCAGAGAGAACGCGUGGGGGGCACUGUACGGUGCGUGGCCGUAAUGGCAGUGGCACGGUUACCACCAGCACGCAUCACGCUACUCGCAGGCAUCCUGGCCCUGCUCGUGAGCAGAACAGAAGGACAAUUAGCGUGUAACGAACAAGCAACGACGUGUUCCGAAUGCGUAGAUAGCGGGCCUGACUGCGCAUGGUGUGCUGCUCCGGUGAACUACACAGUACGUUGCAUGACGGCAGCAAGAUGGGCGGCCGGGUCGGCACAACCGUGUUCCACAGUCGACACACAGACUGGAAAUCCAGAUCUGCAGAAUCCACAGACUUCGAAUGCUCCAGUUCAACCGGUGGAAGCACUGAGUGAGUUUGUGCAAGUCAGCCCUCGGCGGUUUCGGGUACGGCUUCGUCCCGGUGCCAGUGAGUCGGUGACGUUUAACGUGAGACCCGCUCCGAAUUAUCCGCUCGAUGUUUACUACUUGAUGGACCUGAGCGCCUCAAUGUUCGACGAUUUGGGCACACUGAGAAGUCAGAGUGUCUCGUUGGCGGACGCACUGAACGGCGUCAGUACCAAUUCCUAUCUCGGCUUUGGGUCGUUCGUCGAGAAGCCCGUCGAGCCGUAUUCCAUCGCACGGGGACCUCUAGCUCUCAUACCAUGUACCAACUGCUCCUUGCCUUACUCUUUCCGCAAUGUCGUACCACUCACAAAGGACAGGUUGGAGUUUACGCGACGACUGGAUACUGUACAAGUAUCAGCUAACAUUGAUGACCCUGAGGACUCAUUGACUGCAUUAGUACAAGCAGCGACCUGUGAUUCGGCUGUUGGCUGGCAGCAGAAAUCCCGAAAGGUGGUGGUGGUGGCUUCUGACGCUGGCUAUCACAUUGCGGGAGAAGGCAGGCUGGCCGGUAUCAUACGCCCCCACGAUGGCCGUUGUCAUCUCGUGGACAGCACUACCUACUCGGAGAAUGCCUCCAGGACGCUGGACUAUCCCUCUAUUGCUCUGGUGCGUAAGGUGCUGGAGGAGAAUCGCGUUAUCACAAUCUUCGCCGUCACCGAGUUUGCAGUGCCGAUGUAUAGGGCCCUGUCUGAGCGCCUGCCUGGAUCCUCUGUGCUAGUGCUGAGUUCAGACUCACAGAACGCCGUCACCAUCUUGCGCGAGGAGCUGGCUCGUCAAAUCAGUGUCACCAACUUGACGGCACUACCGCACAAUGGUGGCGUUACCAUAUCCGCAACUGCCACGUGCCCAGUCACACCGAUGGAGAUUGGUCCACACAAGCUGCCGUUGUGCAGAAACAUGUCCACCAGUGUACAAGCUGAGUUCACAGUCACACUGACGGGCACGACGUGUGAGAAGCUGAACAGCAUAGGCGAGGUUGUGAUGCGAGUGCAGGGCUUCGACGACGUCACCAUCGAGAUCGAGUCUCUCUGCUCCUGUCCGUGCGAGAAUCACGUGGAUCCUGAUGCUCAAUACUGUAGCAAUGCUGGUAACGAGACUUGUGGAAGUUGUAAUUGUUAUCCCGGAUACCGCAGCGUCAGUGGAGGACAGUGCAACUGCAACGAGACUCUCGGUACUCAGCCUUGCAUGACGGCCGACAAUCAGAUCUGCAACGGACGUGGCACGUGCGAAUGCAUGAAGUGCGUGUGCAACCAGGAGGAGGGGAUCAAGAUUUGCGGUGAGUUCUGCGAGUGCGAUGACCAGAGCUGCCCGACGCACGAGGGCAAGAUCUGCGGCGGACCGACGCGCGGCAAUUGCGAGUGCAGCGGAGUGUCGUGCGGCCAGUGCGAGUGCCUGCCCGGUUACAACGGAACCAGCUGUGAGUGCCCGCUCUCCCAGGACACCUGCAAGCAAGAGGGAGAUGACCGUGUAUGCUCAGGUGAAGGAGUUUGUGAGUGCGGCGAGUGUAACUGCAAGAAUGGAUUUUUCGGAAGAUAUUGUCAAGUUUGCACCAGACAAGAUGGCUGUACAGACAUCUGCACUCGCGCCCAACCGUGCAUCGAAUGCGAAACACGCGACGCCGAGGACCGGUGCGCUCCUUGCAAUGAGCAACUGCGCCAGGACGCCACUGAUGUGAACACUGGAACAGGGUACACGAUUGAUGGCAAAGCCGCUACAGCAUGCCAGCAGACGUGUGAUUCGCGGUACUACGCGGCACAGGACGACAGUGGAAACUUGCUACCGAUUCAUAUUGACCGCAAUGAGAACACAUGUCCGACUUCAGUGAACUAUGUGCCAAUCAUCAUAGGUAUCAUUAUUGGGAUGCUGCUACUGGGAAUUCUGGCGUUGAUACUCUGGAAGCUUUGGGCCAGAUGGAGGGAUCGCAAGGAGUACCAGGACUUCUUGAAGAACCGUAACAAGCAGGAAUGGGAGCAGGAUGAGAGUCCUCUGUUCCACCCGGCAGUUGUCAAGUACGUCAAUCCGCAGUACAAGAUCAAGAGCGAACAGGCUGACGGCGAGGGAGCUGCACCGCAGGAGACUGACACGCAAAACUUCUAGUCUCCGUUGGCGUUGUCGUCCUGACCAGUAUGGCCACUGGCUGCUGCUUGCUGCUCAGUCUUUUGCGUAUCGAGGUUCCCCAAACGGGGCAAUAAGCCGUCAUAGCGACUAUAGCACAAUCCCUUUCUGUGGCCGUGGCGCUGUAUAUACUUGCAAAUCUCCCCUUUUUAUUCUCUCUACAUAUUUCUGUCUUUCACGGUCAGUGUUUGAUCUCUUCUCGCAAACGCCUAUUGAAUACCUCUCUUGCAGCAAAGCUGGAGUACAGGCCACACACGCAAUCACACAGCACAGCAUGACUUGUCAGCAUACGGAUACGGAACACGUCAUGGACUAACGAUGCACGCUACGCUGUCCCACUGCACCCAACACCAUUGAGAAUAUUGUGUUGCACGGUUUGCUUCACAGGGUGUUAUCAUGCUGCAUAUAGCAUUGCCUGGGUUAGCCGACCCACUGUAUGUCGCAGCAGCAUUGCGCGCCGCCAGAAGCAAACAGCCAGCUGAACAGCUAGCCUACUUUUGCCAUCUGCCCUGAAUUUUGCAGUUAGACUGUUUGUACAUAGACAGGCGUAUCCUAGCUUUCCAACCCAACCCAUUAUGUAGGAGCAUGAUGCGAUUAUGUUAUUUGAUGACAUACACUCUCUGUUUCAUCAACCCAUAAGUCUGUGCCAUCGAUUAUAACAGCUGUUUUUUGCGUUUUUUUUCUAUUCUUUUUUUUCUUUUUGCGCUCACCAUGUUGAAUGUUUUCAUUUUUCUGCUUUUUCCACUCACCACGUUGAAUGUUAUAAAACAAAACUGACAAACUUGAA